GUACGGCCUAUCCAUUGAUGAUAGUAUAAUUGCAGUGUUUGGCGAUUGGAUAUUAUCACCAAGGCAGCUCUAGGCCGACUCAAUUACUCCUUACGGAGCGCUGGAGAAAUUCAACCAUAUUCAUGCUCUUGACUCAAGCCACGGCUUCUCAAUGAACCUUUCGUUCAUCAUGAUGACGUAUCUCUGGAAAGAGAGUUAGCUUCACCUAUGUAUCGCGAAGUACUUGACCUCUCUCUCGCUCUUUUGUUCUGGCCACCUUCGCGACAUGCCAAUUAGCCAUAUAGGUCCCAUCUCUCAGCCCAAGCCGGAAUUCCAGAUGUUUCAAGGUGAGAGAGUGUGGGAACCUCAUUGGCAAAACCGUUGGCCAAAUGCGUGGAUCCGCGUUCCCCCACACCGAUCAUCAUUGUCCAUCAUAGCACUUUCUCCACUCACAUUCACUGGGUAAUUCUGUGCAUUCAGCCAACUUGAAGCUGCUGCCUAGACACAUAGGUCAAAUGCCCAGAUGAGUACAAGAUACAGAGUACACUUCAUUCCUAUCUCACGCAGCAGACUGAGACCACAGAAUGGCACAGGGUUUAGUUACAGGAAUCUACUCCUAGCUCACCUUUUCAGGAACUCAGAGGUAUAUCACAAAGCAUACCCCGCAUUGCAUAACUUCUUCUUGGUGGUGGUUCAACUAGUCCACCCAACUUCCUUGGAACGCGCCGCACGAAGGAGAGACGUAUGCUGUGGGGAAUUCCAAACACCCCCUCACUACGGAUUACAAUUGCCAUGUUAUGCGGUUUUGCCGGCAGGAUUUUCAGAAAUCCCCAGGGUAAAAUAAGAUGUCCACCCGU